AUGAGCUUGCAGCGUGAAAAUAGUGUGGCCCUCCGUUUCGAGAAGGUCAUAUCUUUUUUUUUAGAUGGAAUUCCAAAACCUUUUUUUCGUGUGGCCUCAGAUGUAGAGUAUGGUGUGACUUUUGAGUUUAGUUUUUUUGGGUUUUCACCUGACUACACUGGUCAGACAAGGCCAAUUUACUUUCCUCAUUUUGAGGAAAGUCAGCUUUUCGAUGCUAUUUGUCUAUAUCAACAUGAUUUUUCAUCCCCAAGUGGAAGAAUUGGAUCUCAUUAUUCUCCAUAUGUAGGAGCGUUUCGAUUUGAUGGGAAAGUUGAGCCUUUUCGAAAUCUGCCAUCUGAUUUUAGGCAACAUAGUGUAAGAAUUCCUAUUGAAACUUGCGAGCAACCUGGAUUAAUAACAUCACAGUCAGAUAGGGAUCUACGUACUUCAUUACUUAUAGAUCUAUAUGAAAAACCUGCGGAAAGUUUUUUACGCCUUGAUAACGAAAGUCUUAGACGUAUAGUUAUUUUAGCUACUCAAGGUACCUCUCCAGAGUACAAAAAUAUUAUUGAAGAUGUUAUUACCGAAAUUAAAAGAGUUUAUGUUAGGGCUUCUUGUUAUGCUAUAUAUUAUUAUAUGAAUAAAAAUUCGCUUUUUCGUCAAAUUAUAUCACCUUUGUGUUUAAAUGAAUCAGAAAGUAGUCAAAUAACCUAUUCUGAAAGAGGGAUAACCUGUGGUGAAGAUCGUUUUGGUAGAGUUUUACUCUUUAAAUCAUCAAUUUCUUCUUUAAAGGUUUCAUUACCUUGGAGUGAAAGAACUCAUCAUUUUUUUACAGGACUUCAAGAAUUAUGGGUUAAUCGGUUUGAUAGACUUGUUGUAUUUGAUACAACAACUUCUAGUUGGAAAACAGACGCUAAUGUCUUUCUUACUCAGUUAUUAUCUUCAAUGAGAGCUGCUUUUACUCGAAUUAGAAUUGAGUUUUAUACUCAACUGGAAUGUAUAUUAUUUGACCGCAUUCGUGGUUCUAAGAAUUUUCUUUCAUUAAAUAUGGAAACUUUGAAGGAAAAUGAGUUAAAACGUAUUUUUUUAGCUACACGUGUUUUUCUUGUAAACAAAAUCAGAUCACUUAUUUUAGAAGCAGUUGGGGAUUUGGUGAAAUUUUUUUUGAUUGCUGGAGAACAUCUUAUAUCCCCUGCAAAAGCGCGAAAAAUUCCUGUGCUUGAAGUAUCCCUUACUGUAGGUGGAACUGGAUUACCAUGUUCACCUUCUUUUGCUCAACUUCGUUUUGGAAUUUCGGAUCUAUUAGAUGAGUUACUUGAUAGCGCAAACAGUCUUCCUACUCCAGAGGCGGUUAUUAUGCGAACUCUUGAUUUUGAAAGACAAUCAUUAAAUUCUUUUGAAUCAUCAGAAUUAUCUAUGAAAACAAUAUUAAUAGGAUGUCUUGAUUCUGCAGGAUCUGUAAUUGAAGAUUUAAGAACACGAUAUGCAGGGUUUUCAACUUUACCAGCAAUUUCAGGAACUUGUUUUACUCGUGCUAAAGAAACAACUAUUGAAUCACAAAUUCGAUUACUUCAUGAUGGGCUUGAAAGUAUAGCUAAGGUUUCCCCGGAUAUUGUCUAUUGUGGUUGUAUUGCUAUUAACUGUAUUGAAGUUAAAAGAUGGUAUAUAGAACAAUGGACUCGUUAUAUUGAAAAUUAUUUAAAAUCAAUUCGAAAAGAUCUUUUCUCUUAUUUGACUGCUUCAGUUGAGAAGUGUCGUUGUAAUAACGAACGUUUUAAAAAAGAACCUCAAACUGUUGAAGAAUUAGAGGAAUUAACUCGUGCUAUUAAAGAUACUGAAUCUCUCUCUAAAGAAGUUAAAAAGAAUGAUUGUAAACGGGUUAUUAAGUGGUUUAAUUGUUUGGAAAAUCUUCGAAUACCCAUAGAUACUCAACUCUAUGGCGCUGCUAUGGAACUUAUGCGUUCUCCUAAUGAAUUAAUGAAUUUAGUUUCAAAAGCUGAAGAAAUAUGCAUUAAAAGCAAACCUUUUUUAGAAGAAAAAUUAAAUGAAUUUCGAAAUAGUACUCGUAAUCAAGUAAAAACUAUACAUGAUGGUGUGGAUGAACUUUUAAGUUUUUUUAAUCUUGAUGUUUCUGAUAUAGCUGCUCAAACUUGUGAGGAACUACGCGUUAUUGUUAAUCAAGUUCUUGAAGCAAUUAAGUAUAUUUCAUAUUGUGAAAAAUGUUUAGAGAUUGAAGAAGUUGAUUCUUUUAAUGAUUUUUUUCCUAUAUUAACUGCGUUCGAGGUAUUAGAACAAUUUUGGGGUUCUGUUUUUGAUUCUACUGCAGUUAGAGAUUAUUAUGGAAAUUCUGUUAAUAAUCUUGAUGCUACUAAGAUGAUCGAAAAUGUUCAGCAAUGUCGAAGACUUUUGCACUCUUCAACGCGUAAUCUCCGAGCAUAUCCAGGAUUAGUAAGACUUGGUCGUCAACAGGAACAAGUAUUGAGUGAAUUUGAAUCUUUAGAAGGUAUUCUUUUGUGUAUUACGACUCCUGGUCUUCGAAAAAAUCAUUGGAAAGAAAUUGCACGUUUACUUAAUAUUCAAUCAAAUGAAAAUACAUCUAUAGAUUCAAGUGUAACUUUAAAAUUUUUACUUGAAGCUGGACUUCAAAAUCAUCUUGAUGAGUUAAGACGAGUGGUAGAUCCUGCUCUUAUUGAUUUUAAUACUGAAAGUUCUUUGGAACGAAUGAAAAGUGAGGCUAAAAAGACACGUUUUGUAUUUGAACAACUUGAAGGAGUUAAAGAUGUUUUUGUUUUAUCUCCUAUAUGUAGAGAUUCUAUAUAUUCUAAAUUGGAAUCUUUUUUAACUGAGUUAAGGGUUUUGCGUCAGCCUGUUUCUUUAAGCCAAUAUGUAGUUAAUUCAAUUAAUGAAUGGGAGGUUGCUGUAGAGAAAAUGCGUGGAAUAUUGUUAAAUUGGAAAGAUAUUGAGGAGGAAUGGAUUGAAAAAUUACGGUUUGGUAUAACUCUUGAAUCAAUAGAGGAAGGUGAAACCCCUGCUAUGGGUUCUCGAGAGUGGAAAUUUUUACAUGAAAAAGUAGGAUCAUUAAGUGGUAUUUUUACUGUUUUAUCUACUACUUUACAAAAAGCUCAGUACACCUUAUUUACUGCCAUGAUGCAAGAAAAUAUACAAGAACAACUUUCUUUAGCAUGUACAAUAUUGGGUGAUAUGCGAAGGGUUAUAACAGGUUUAUUUGAAGCCAAACGAGAAGCUUUUCCACGGUUUUAUUUUCUUAGUGAUACAGAGAUGAAUUCUUUCCUUUCGGUACUUAAUACUACAACAUUAACGCAGUUACUUUCAAAGAUGUAUGAUCGUGUAUGUAAUAUUAAAGUUGAAGGUAACGCAGUUACAGCAUUUUUAACAGCUGAUGGUGCAAUACUUAAAGCAGAAAAUUCUAUUUCUUUAUCACCUGUUCCUAUUGAACGUUGGAUGAAUACAUUUGAGAAAACGUUACGUUCUUCAUUCCUUCAUGAAUUAGAAACUACUAUUGAAAGUCAUUAUCAUGUGGAUCCAAUGACUUGGUUGCGUGGUUCAUGUGUACAGUUUAUUGAUAUUGCACUUCGUAUUAUUCAUAAUCGAGAUUUGCGUGAAUCUCUUUCUAUUUCUGGUAGUUUGGGAAUCAAUGCCUAUUUAAAACGUUUAAAAGAUAUUGCAGAAGAGUAUGUUCGUCUAAUUAACGGAGAUUUGGAAUAUGGUGAGCGACAUAUUAUUUCAAGUGCUAUAACUAUUAUCUUAUAUUUUAAACAAGAAGUUCAAUUGAUUAUUAAAUCAGGUAUUCAAACUUUGAUUGACCUUGAAAAAACGGCGAUGGUGGAAACUCUUAUAGAAAACGAUAAAAUUAUAGUUCAAACUUUGGGUUUUCGACUUCCUUACGGUAUGGAAUUUCUUGGAAAUUAUUCUAUUCCAUUAUUAACUCCUGAAUACGUCAAAAAUGGAUUAUAUUCUAUAUUUAUUUCAUUAGCAGCUUCUUCUUUUCCUCUUUUGGUUGAUGAAUCCAAUAAAACGUGUACUUUAGAAUAUUUUGCUCAAUAUAUAGGUCGUUUUUGGUGGUGUCUUCAAUGUAAUUCUGCUCUUACUUUAGAUGGGGUUACACGUGGAGUACGUGGAGCUCUAAGCGUUGGUGCCGUCUUUUGUUUAAAAGACAUUGAACUUCUUGAUUUAAGUCUUGUUAAACCAAUUACAGAACUUUUUAAAACCAUUGAGGAGGCAUGUCAGUCUGAAAAGGAAAAUUCUGAAGAUGAUUUUAGAAUAAAUUUUGAAUCUAAUGGAACUAGCAUAAAUGUAAGGAAAGAUUCUUGUUUCCAAGGUGUUUUUACUACACAUAAAUUAGAGGAGAUUCCAACAACUCUUUCACUUGCUUUUAGGCCUAUUUAUUUAUUACCUGUAGAUCUUACUGUUCUUGCACAAGGAACUCUUCAAGCACUUGGAUUUUCACGAUGGAUGACAGUUGGUAAAAAAUUGGCAACUGUUUAUCUUCAAUUUAUGGAGUUAUCACCAAGUAUUUUUACUAUUAAAAGUUUUAUUCCUGUUAUGCAAGAUGUAAGUGAUUGUCAGACUGGAAGAUUGGAAGAACAUCUUUGUAUGUCAUUUUUACGUCAAUUUUUGGAAGUAAUUCAAAUUAAUAAUAAUUUAAAAAAACUUUUAGAAUGGAAUAUGAUUCAAACGUUUAAUAUUUCCCAAGAUUUUUGGGAUGAUGCAUUAGAACAAGUUAUGGCAAAAUCAAGUUUUGAUGUUCGUUUGAGAAGGUUUACUAAUUUUAUGACUUUUAAUUUAAAUGUUAUUCUUGUUGGACCAGCUUAUUCUGGAAAAAUGAGACUAUGGAAGGAAUGGAAUGGUAAUAUACAUCAUAUUGUAUUACCUUUUCGUCUUAUUUCUUGUGCAGAUAUCUAUGGAGAUGCUUCUCAACCUGGACUACUUAGUUCCCUAUCAAGAAAAUGGGAUCCAAUGGUAAAUCAUACUAUUAUUAUAGAAAAUUCAAAUAUCUUAAAUCCAUCUAUUAUUUUUGAUGCUCCUGCUUUUGUAAGAAUACGACCGUACUCAGGACCAGAUUUUGUGAAAGGACCUAAAACUCGUCUAAUUACGGUAACACCUUUUCUGGAUUCUGCUAAUCCUCGUAUAGUGACUGAUUUUGCUGUUUUUGCGUUACCAGAGCCUUCUAGUUGGAGAGCGUUUUUAAAGGAAAUUCUUCAAACUACACCUAAUUAUUAUGCUAGUAUUGCCUAUUCUGUAUUUUCAGUUUUGAUUGAUUUUAUCUUUGAUGCCCGAUUAGCAUAUAAUCCAUCAACUAUUCCAUAUGAAAAUCGAUAUGCUGUAGCUUCUCGUUGUUCUCAAUUUUAUAAAAGAUGGUAUGUAUAUGCUCGAUCACAGUGUGGAAAUCGUGAGGAAUGGGUUAGUGAACAGGCUUUUGCGCUACAAUGUGCUGUAUUUGCUACUUGUUGGACACUUGGAUUACGCUUACAAGGAGAAGAACGUGUGAUGUUACGUAUAUCUUUAGAAAAAGUCCAAUCAAAACUAAAUCGGGUGGCGAAAGAGAUUGGAUUUACUGAAGAUGUACUUCCACCAUUGGAAAGUGAUUUCUUAUUAUACAUUGCGACACCUGCGGGAUGGAGAAAAUUUGGUAGUGCUGCAGCAGAAUCUGGAUUCCCUAUAACAUGGGCUCAAGAGGUAUCUGAUUUGAAUAUUAAUAAUCGUGCCUGGUCACAGUUUUUUUCUUUUCCCUCACGUCAAAUGACCUUAACCACUUUGGAGUAUUUAAUGAAUGCUGGACAGUCAAUACUUCUUGUUGGUAAUAAAGAUCAAGGAAAGACAACAAUCUUGCAUCAUAUGCAAAGUAAUAAAAGAUGGACCCAUCAUAUGGUUUACAAUAACGCCGAAUGUAAAGCUGUGGAAGUACAGGAAGCACUUUUUCAAAAUAUGGCACUACGUCAGUCUAAAAUUUAUGGACCUUCCGUAGGUCGAAAAUUGGUAUUAUGUGUUGAUGAUGUUCAUCUUCCUGUAGAAGCUAAAUAUUCACAAUUUAUGACUCUUUUUUCAUUUAUUGAUCGUUUUUCUGCUAUGUGUUUACCAUCUUUUGGGUAUGUGCCUAUCACCGAUCUUGUCUGCGUGGGUGUAAGCACACCAACUUCAUCCUAUGAACCAGGUGAGGAAAAUUGUGUAAUACGAUUAAGAUUACCUGAUCUUGAGGAUUCUGAGUUAAUAGAUGGAGUACAAAGUCUUUUUGAAUUAAUUUGCUUGACACGACGAGGGGCAAAUCUUUUAAAGGAUGUAACUUCAUUUCUUGCAUCUGCUCAAGCUACCGCACUACGUCUUAUGACUGGAAAUCGAGAAAAGAAAGUUGUAGAUGAGGAAAUGAAACAACCAAGUAGUGAAAUGGUAAAAGAAAGUAAAAAAGAAAUAAUAAAUAGGAAUUCUCGUGGUAGUCGUUUUUCAGUUGUGAACAUGUAUAGUGAACUCCAUCUAUCGUAUAAACAUUUAUUUUUAAAGGUAUCGGAUCGAGCAAUACAUUUUCUUACCAGUUCCUUAGAUGAUACUACAGCCUUAAAGAAUAUUUACGUCUCUGUACAAGAACUUUACACAGCAAUCGUUAAUACAGAUGAUGAUAAACGGAAUGAAUUGCUACGAGAGUUACAAGAAACUGCUGAUAAAACACUUAAGAAAUCUAUUGACUCUGAUUCUUUUUCAUUUGAGAAAGUUUACACUGAAACAGCAUUGGAAAUGUAUGAUAUGAAUGAUUUACCUCCUUGUACGAUAGCCAAGGUUCAAGAUUGGAUACGUGCUUAUGAUGCGGCAUUGGCAUCUAGUGGAAUUGAAGAUCCUUUUCUUAGUAAUUACAAUGUAAGUGUUAUUGUGGCUCCGUUGAAUGGACAAAAACGAAGAUCACGUAUGAUGACACAUGAAACAGCAACAACAACAACAACUACUACUACUACAAUUACUACUAAUACUACUACUAUGACAACAAAAAGAAGAACAACAGGAGUAGAAACAGGAAUAAACACCACAACCACUAAUACCAAUACUACAACUCCACGAGCUGCAAAAACGGUUUAUGCAUUAAAUUGGAUUACACAACUGAUUUAUACUCUUCAUCAAUGUUUACGACAACAACAAACACAUAUUGCGCUUAUUGGACCUUAUAAUACUGGUAUUGAUCGAGCCUUAUCUGUCUGGGGAAAUGGAGUACACUGUUACGUAUCUUUUCUUCGUGAUAACUAUACUGGGGUGAAUGCCAAAGAAAAUUUUAAAAACGACCUUGUUGAGAUCUUACAACAUACGUGUAGAAAUGACAGUAGAAUGGUACUAUUCGUACCUAAUAGUUUAUUGAGUCUUAAAUGGCCUAUGGCUUCUUUAGAUGUCAUUAUACGAGGAGGUAAUGUAGAUAACCUUUUUACAUUUGAAGAACAACUUAUGCUUUUACAUGGAAGACGAGGAAUUCGUCGUGGAUCUGCUCGUUUAACAUCAGCUGAGCAAAAUGAAGUUCAUCAACGUAUUUGUACACGUUUAAGUAUUGUGACUCACGUAUUAAAUUAUGAAGAAUUGAAACGUUUAGAAAGUGAACUUCCUUUUUUUCCUACUGUUUUGCCUGUAGAAUUACAUGCAUCCGAUAUGGUGAGAGAACUUAUGAAUGUAUUAUUUCAAAGUGAAGAAGAAAAUAAAUCUGUAAUACAAGCAGAUACUGGUAAAGGAUUUGAGAAAAGUAUUAGUGAAUGCGAUACCUUACCAUAUCCAGUAGAGUUUUUUGGACGUCCUUUUGCAAAUAUUCUCUGUGAUAUUUUUGAUGCUAUGAAAAUACAUGUUCAUAUCCAUGUAGAACACUUAAUGGAAUUUGGAUUCCAAGCUCAAAGACUUCGUUAUUAUUGGAGAAGGGUUCGUCGUCAUGCUGCUCAAUUCCAACAUGUGAGUGAUUUACCUACUAUUAUUGUGGAUCAAAAAAAGAAAUAUGAAGAGAAUUUACAAAAUGCCAUCACAACAAGGGAAUCUGUACUGCAAGAGAUUGAAUUUUUUAAUAAACGUCUGGAAAAAGAAGAAAAACGGUCAUUACGUUAUCAAGGUUUAGCCAAUCGCCUUCGAGAAGAGGCUAAACGAAUAGAAGAACUUAUUAUAAAAGAAGAAGAUAACUUACAAACAAUGACUGGACAUACCGCUGCGACAUUAAAUAGUGCAGCCUCACGUCUUGUUUCCACAAAAGUUUCACAAAUUAAACAAUUUAGUGCAACUCCACCUUUACCUAAAGGAACUUCCUUUGUAAAGGCUUUAUGUAAAAUACUUGGAGAAGAAGUACAUAUUGGAAGUCCAAAGGAAACAUGGGAGUUUGGAAAAUCUAUUAUUACAGCUCCAAAAUUUAUUGUACGAUUAGUGGCAGUAUCACCUAGUAGUUUUACCUAUGAAACUCUAUUACCAUUUCAUUCUUCUUUACGUGAGGUACGUUAUGGUGAAUUAUCACCAUUUGCGAAUAUACUUGUGGAAUACAUUAAUGCACUUAUGGAGGCCACCCGUGUUGGAGAGGAAUCUCGUGAGAUACAAUUACGUCUAAAUAAGACACGACUUAAAUACUCUAAUAUCCGAAGUAAAGUAGAUGCCGCACAAGAACGAGAUGAUAAAGCCCGAAAAAAGAUGAAUGAUGCCCGUAAUGAAGUAACUUCUUUAACCCAAAGAUGUGGAUACUUGGAGACGACGAUUGAAGAUUUAAAGAGACGUCAAGAAGGAAUUGUUCAACUCUUGGAUAUUGUAGAUAGAUUUAACCUUUUUCAUUAUUUGGAAGGAACAAAAACAGGUACAUUGGGAUAUGAAAAAGGAGAAGGUAUUGUUAUCAUUAUUGCAGCUCAGUACGCAUUGUUUGGAAUGCUUUCAGAAAAGGAUCGAGACAAGCACCUCUAUCAAGUAGAAUCUUUACUUAAUAAAUGGGGUAUUGAAACACCAGUAGGUGUUGAUGAUUCUGUUAUAUUUCGUUUAUUUCCUAGUAUAAGUGAAAUUCUUGAUAUUUCACUUGUAGAACGUUUUUUCAAACAAGGAAGAUUAUGUUUAGGUGGAUUAUUAGGAAGAGUUUACUAUCACUGGCCUUUCUUUGGUGGUGUUACUCCAGUCUUUGAAAGAUUUAUUAAACAUUCUCUUAAAAUUAUGUGUGGGGAUUGUAUUGUGAUAUCUGCAUUAGAUAAUAAUAUUGCGGAAAGUGUUUUAGAUGCGGCAAAGGAUGGAACAGGUUUGUUAAUAUGCGAUGCUUCUAUUUCGUUUAUGUUAGAGAAAUUCUAUACCUUACUUCAACUUCGUUCAAAACUACGAGAAGCACAAAUUCAUAAAAAACCCGUACAUUGUUCUCUAUUUGGAAAAAAUGUGGAAGUCAAACCAUCUUUUUAUCUUGUUGCGGUAUCUCCUGUAGUUGUUCCUUCUCAUGAUGUAAAUCAUACAGCUUCACGAUUUAUUACGGUUAUGAAUUUUCAUUUUAAUGAAGAUGUAAAUAAUUUUUUACAUGGAACUUUCUUCUUAAGUCCAGGUUCAAGUAAUAAUAGUUCAGAAACAAAUGAUAUUUUUGCCAUGUCAAAAGAUCAUACAAACGCCCUCUGGAAUUUUCGUGAUACUUUAUAUGAUGUGUAUGAGAUACUUUGUAAAGAUAUUGAUGAAUUAGCGGCAAAUAAAGAGGGAGAAAUUGAAGAAUUGGAUAUACUUAUUGCAGAUCUACAUACCCAACAUACCGCUAUUUCACAUUUAUCUGCACAACAACAAAGUUCGAUUAGAGUUGUACAAAAAUCAUGGAGAUCGUUUGUAUUAGCUUUGGAUUCUAUUGAACGAGCAGUAAGAGUUAUUGAAUCUACUAUUCUUGGUAGAAACUGGGAUCCACAUAAAUUGGAAUCCCUCAUAACAAGUGCUACUACUUUAUCUAAACCAUACCAAUGGCGUAUUUCUCCCAAUACAUUGGAUGCUCUUCCAGAACUUCACAGAGAAUUUUUUGUAACGGCUAAUUUUAUUGAAAGAACUAUACAAGUUUUAGCUUGUGGUUGGCCACUUGAAUUACGUGGAAUUUUUGCUUGGUAUGUUCUUUCUAGUGUAAUAAAUGAUUGUGAAAUAUUUUUAGACCUACGAGGCGAAUUGUAUUCUUCUUCCACACUAUUACUAAAUCAUGAGCAGUAUAUGGUAUUGGAUUCCCUAAUGAAUAGAAAUGAUAAAGUAAUGGAUGAAGAUUAUAUAAAUCAACUCUAUUCAUCCUCAUCCGAUCCAUUACUUAAAAGUCUAGCAAGAAGUGGUGAUCACAACAUACAUGAAGGUAGUGCUAGUGCUAAUGCUAGUGUUAAUGCUAGUCCUCUAGAGACUAAGCAUGGGUUUAUCGAAGGAGAGAUUGGAGGAGGAGCGGAAGGACUUCUUAAAAGUUUCUUUACCAGUUGGAUGCAUUUAAACUACUCAACAUGUGAAUUAAUUGCCUCACACUUUUAUGAUGUGUUUAUGUUUGCCGUAAAAGAACAAAAUCAUGAAGGAGAGGAUGAAGUACCCAUGUUGUAUGAUUAUGUAAGUCAUGUCCCAGCUAUUGUUCACUCUGUUGAAGAGUGUGUUGUGUUUGGUUUAAAUUAUUGUGUUCCAUUUUGUUUACAAUCUGUAGAUAUUUAUGGUGCAGUGAAACACUUUGAACGAUAUGCUAAAAUGAGUAAAUUGUCCUAUCAAUUUUAUAGGAUCUCUUCUAUUGAAGAAAUAGAUCAACUUAUGAAAGUAAUUUCUGAAUGUUUUGGUAAUAGACCUGUUAAUCAAGGACGUGGACAUUCUAUUAUGGUUAUGCUUGUGCCUCCUGUUAAUACCUCGGAAGAAGAAGUUUUCACACAACAUUUAUCUUUACAACUUUCACGAUAUUCUUCUCAUGGGAUACGUGCUCAUAUACGGAGUGGAAAUAUAUCUCGUUUUCCAGUAUUUCUAUGUUGUGGGGUAAAGAGUUCAUCACGGAAUAAACAUAGUAAAUGUAUUCAAAUACUUCAACAGUGGUGUUUUACCUUAACAGCAGAAACCUCCUUUCCAAGGUAUCAUCUCUUUUCUUUACUUGAGGAUGAUAAAUUCUUUUUACCAUGGAAAAGAGAGGGAAUGACACUUAAAUUGGAAGGUAUUAAUAAUAUCUUCUAUGCUGGAGAAAGGAAAAGUAGUGUAUCUAAAAGACAAAGUAUUCGUACACUGUCCACUGUUGCCAUUUCUAAUAUUAUUGAAUCCCAUGUUGGUCUUGUGAGUGGAGAAAAUAUUUUACAAACCCUUUGGGGUUUUGAAGGUUUUGAUGGUAUUUUUUCUAAUAUUUAUCAGUGCAUGGUGGAUGAUGAAGAUCUUACUAUUAUCCUUCGUAUGAUGGCACUCUUACUACGAAGUGAUCGAAGUAGAAGUGGAUCUUCACAAACAAUAGUAACACACCAACGGGCUCGAUCACGGCAUGGCUCUACUCAACCAGGUCAAAGAAUGUCCGUUGCCGAUGUAGUGGAUAAUUUCACUCUCUUACGACAACAAACCGAACGAGUUGGAAGUCUCUGUGCAAAGAUUGCCUAUGGUGUUUACUCUGCACGUAUGAAUGCCACACGAUAUCAAUUACCAUGUUCAGAAAUUCUUCGACACCGAUCAUUUUCACAUGUCUCUGAUGAUACAUUACCCAUGAGUUGUAAUCCUACUAUUGAUGAGGCGGUAAGAGCUGGAUUAACAGGAACUGCACUCGUAACAGAGCUUAAACAGUGUAAUGAUGAUUUUCUUGGACUUUGCACAGAUGAAGGUGCUGUAGAAGCCUAUCGUAAACGAUUACAUGAGUAUCUACAUGGUCUUCUUUAUGGAAAAUCUGGAUUAAAAGAAUAUUUAAUAACAAAUAAGGUUAUUUCCAGAGAAGAUUCUGUAAAUAAGAAUACGUUAAAUUUAUCUCUUUCAGAUUCUGCUAUUGUUAUUGAUGGUGAUGACACUGGUAAGACUCAAACCGAAGAUGAUGCUACUAAUGAAUUUUCUCCAGUUGGAGAGACGAUUCAAUUAAUAUUUCUAUGGGAAAUGGAGCACUUUCGUGAUAUUGUUACUGCAUUUAAUAAAGCAGGACAUACGGCGUUUUCUUCACGUCUACGGGAUAAUAUGACUCGACUUGCUUCUUGGAUUCCUGGAGAACCUUUAUCGGUAUGGUUACCUGCACUUCAACAUCCACGAUUGUUUUUAUAUGCAUUUUUAGCCCAAGCUGUAAAUCGAAAAGUGGAUCCAUUUAGUCGAGUUGAAAUGAUGUUGGUUAUGUUACGACGAUGUAAUCUUCUUCAUGAUGAUAUUGUUCUUUCUGGAGCAGCACUUUCUAUGUUGUUGGAAUAUGAAAUACUCUCCCGUACAAACUGGAAGGAAUCAGAUCUUGCAUGGCGAAAGGAACCUCAUGCUGUCCAUAGUGAAGAAGAUGUUGUUAUUGCAGUUCGAUUUCAAAAAAUGUCUGAAAAGGAUAAUCUGGGAGAGUCGCAUGAUGUCCUCUGGGAGGUGCGAACCAGUGAACGACGACUUAAUCCAUACAGAACAGCAGGUAAACAUAAACCCAGUAUUGUAUUCUUAACAGAAAUGACGGAGAAACUAUUUCCUAGUGUUUUGGAAAUGCAACCAUCCUGUGCACUUCCAGUCAUUUGUUCAAAACCAGAAGCUUCAUUGCAAUCCGAAAUACCUGAAUGGCGUUUUCUUUUUGAAUUACCAUUUUGUGCUGUUUUGAUGGGAGAAAGUGACCUACAAAGAGAGAGUGUUUCUUCACUAGGAGGACGACAGUCCGUAGUAAGUGGUGAUGGCGCAUCAGCCAUAAGAGAUUCAUUAAAAACUGCAGAUGACUCAUCCAUGUCUUCGUUAAAUGAUAGUUCUGGUUAUUUCGUUAUACUUUCAUAA